AUGUCCAACUCCGUAGCCCCAAGGAUCGAAUCUGCGAACAAGGAGUAUGCCUCCAAAUUCGAGAAGAUCAAUAUCGGCCCAGCGCCAACACAUCAUGUUCUAGUGUUGACAUGCAUGGACGCACGACUUGACGUCUUCCGCAUGUUGGGUCGCCAGAUCGACGAGGCGGAUGUCAUCUGCAACGGCGGUGGACGCGUUCAUGACGCACUGAGAUCGAUCAUCUGCUCGCUGCAGCUUCUGGAGACACGAGAGAUUAUAUUAAUUCAUCACACUGACUGCGGGUUCACGCAUGUCAACGAGGAGGAGCUGCGAUCUAAGAUUAGGAAGAACAUGAACCACGUGGCGGAUUAUCUGGCAUUAAUGUCCUUCACUGACGUCAAGCAGAGCGUGCUCGAUGAUAUCCAUCUGCUCAAAAAUGAGCCCUUGGUGAUGAAUGUGCCCAUCACUGGGUAUGUGUAUCACACUGAGGUGGAGAAGCUCGGGAGGAUUCAACAGUGA